AUCACUUUUUUGGGAAAACAUCAUAACCUGCCAAGCGUUGGUUGGAGUAAAGCACAAUGAGUAUAUACACGUCAAUUGUGUUUUUGGCCCUUCUGGCUGCAGUGCGUUGUGGGCCCGUGCAGGAAAACGGCGUCGCUGAAAAUUUCGUUGGUGCGGUAUCGGAAUGCAUAGAGAGUGACACGUCGCUAUGUCUCAAGGAAAAGGCCCUCAAACUGACCGAACGCUUGGCCAUCACCAAAGAUGUCAGCAUCUUCGACGGCAUGUCCCUGAUCAACACCGGAUCAGCUCGGUCAGCUCGCAGCUACGAGCCCUUAGCUGAAGACCCGAAGACCAGGGAGUACCAGAUCGAAGAGAGAAUCGCUGACAACAUCGGAGACUUCUUGGACAACCAUGUUCUUCAGCUGAGCCUGAGCGACAAGUCCGAGAAUGAAUCCCGGGAUUUGGAUGAAGAAGCUCGCGGCAAGAAGAAGAAGAAGAUCAAGAAGCUCCUGCCCCUCCUUCUCCUCUUGAAGCUCAAGAUGGCCGCCCUCAUCCCUCUCUUCCUUGGAAUCAUCGCCUUCGUCGCCGUCAAGGCCGUGUUCCUUGGCAAGAUCGCUUUCGCCAUGAACGCUGUGAACCUGAUCAGGAAACUCUUAGCUAAGAAAGGAGGAGCUUCAGAGCCCUCAAUCAGCUAUGGUGCCCCUCAUCAUCAUGAUGAGCACCCAGGAUAUAACUACGAACCCGCCAGUCAAGGGUGGAGUCGACAGGCUACCGAUGCUCAAUCUCUAGCCUACGGUGGUCAGUUCUGAUAGAAUUUCUUGUGUGUGCCUGUGAAUUUAUUUAUUGUGUGUGUGUAUUUAUUUGCCUGUUCGAAGCUGCCAUCUACGAGUACCUCAGUAUUUAUAAAAUAAAGUAAUUUGUUCGAA